CUGAAUAUUCUUCCGGGACCCCAUCGUGGAUCGAUGAAAAUCUAUUAUAGAGUUCAAUGGCUAGUCAUUGAUUUCAAUAAUUUGUCCACUGAACCCGUUAGACCCCCUGGCUCCAUUGUGGAUCUCACUCAUUUCACAUCCACCUUGAUGAUGGCUUGCGUUCCGUUAAUAAUGGCGCAGCUAUUUACAAUAGACAUACUGCUAGCGUCAUGGAUUGCGACGCUACGGACAGGGCAUGGCUCUUAUGACGUAGAGGAUAACAUUGUUAAUGUACAAUAAAAAAUGGAAACUUGGACUUGAUUCACCGCUUGGUCAAAACCCCGAAAUUUGUUCCUGAUUCUGAUAGCGUCGCCAGCGUCGCGUGGAGAACUAAUAUUGGGAGCUCAUUCCUCGAUGGACAGGUCCAAUCGAGGACCAAAAUGCCAAGCAAACUAAAUCAACGAUGAGUUGGCCGGCGAAUUACACCGUUCUCGUCUAGAAGGAUCUUAGCUCCCCCGCGACGCCGUCGCUCGCUCAGCACAUUCUGAUCAGCCUCGGCCCAAGUUUUGAAUGGGGUUCUGGGGUGGUCGGACCAGACGGGUUUAUCUCUGGAUCGAAUAUGUCGCAGCGAGGCGAACCAGUUCUCUCCUUCAUCCUCGUCUUCGCAUUCGGGCUGCAUUUCACCGGCUUCAUCUGUUUGUGGUUGAGGGACAGCUGAGAUAAAGGUCUCAUCACCGAGCUCAACACUGGCAGUCUCAUGACGGGUGUCAUCGGCGUCGAGCUCCUCAUGAUCCGUUUCUUCAACCUCGGCCAUACUAACAUCAUCCCGUUCGUCUUGGACGUUGAUGUUCUGGCUGUUUGUGAUACUAUGAGUGUCCGUGGGUUGACCCUCUGCAGUACCUGGACCGGGGUUGCAGGCAGCAGAGAUGUCGUUGAAUGAACCCAGGGGGGCGAUUUGAGUACAAAGUACCUCAUUCGGAUCAAACUCUGAGCCUUCGAGCUUGAUGAGUACUGAUGACGAGCCUGUGUCCAUGGAAGAUGGGGCAUGACUGUCUAGCGCAGGGAGACCGGAUUGGAACACAGGGAGACCGUUUCUGAGAGGUUCUUCGAAAGAGUAGGUGUGAAAUUGGGAAAACUUGUCCACAAAGCUUGCUGCGAGUGAGGUGUUCAUGUCUUCUCCUCGAUAAGUCUGAGAGAGGGGAGGAUCUGGCUGGCUGCCAGCCUGUGUAGGUGUCGCCGCAGGUGGGGCGAACUGGGAUGCAACAACUUCAAUAGUGUAACCCGACAGACUGCGUUUCCUGUUCUCUGAUUUAGAGACAGUCGACGUGAAAUAAUCCUCAUAGCUCUGUGGCUCAGUAGACAUCUGGGUUGUGCAGCUGUUCAGAUAGGAGGGGUACCGCUGAAUGUGCAUGAUAAUGAAAUCAUCCCACAGGUUGGACCGGCGUAGCAAGCCUUCGGUUCGAACAGCCUGUAAUUUCCAGCAAAGCUCAGUGAAAUGGCCAUAAUCCCCUUCAUAGCCAGGGUAGUCAUUGCAGAACUUUUUGUAUACUUCCUGCGCUUCAACUGACUUUUGAGAGUCACCGAUGAAGCCCGACCGCCGAGCAACUAGUUCAGCACUCUGUGUGGCGGGAAUAGCUUGACAAUCCUGCUGUGUCUCUUCUGUGAUUGCCAGUGGGCUUUUGAUCGGAGAUUCAUAUGGGUCGGCGGCUGAGGAAACGAACUGCCUCAUUGAGAACAAUUGUGGUGAACUUGUUUGUUCAUUGAAAGAGAGCUGGCUCAUGGACUCAUGGGUUUGAUCGGGAGGUUGUGAGGAAGUCGAGCCGGCAGAACUCGCGAAUGGGUGAUUCAACGGCUCGACAGGAGGGUUUGAAUCCAGAGAAGGAAUAUCGAGGCGGUGUUGGCUUGGCUCCGAAGACUCAAACACCACUUCGUGUGAUGAGGAGUCAUAUGUGUCUUGUGACUGGGAGUUUAUGCCACUGGUCUGAGUCUGGGAUACAGCAGUUUGGGCUCGAGACGCAUCAAGUCCCGAACAAAGCGAGGAUGAAGUCGUUGGGUCAUCACAUGACUGACUCUUCUCGGAGCUUCCUAGAUAAGGAUAUGUGUUUGGGACUCGAGAUUGCGAAGAAUAUUUGUUGCUUUGAGAGGAGAAUUGCGGCUGCGAAGAGUCCGAUUUCUUCAAACUAUUACCUAUAUUUCCCAGGGGUCGAUUGUUCACCACGGAAGGAGUUACAGAGACUUGAACAUGAUCUCUAUUGCCCUGCGAGAGAGUUUGAGUAGAGGCUAUGAGUUCCUGCUCCAGUUGGGUCUGCGGCAAGCUUUCACCAAGUGCAUAAGGUACCGAGUUUUCCAUCACCGACUCUUCAUCACUGGCAUCGUCAGACUGAUUCUCAUCCUCGGAGUUCUCGGCAGCAGAUCCUGGGGAGUCUGGGGUUGUAGGUUCGCCUGCGUCAGAGCCCAACGGUGUUGAAUCAAGGGAUUUGACCCUAGAAAAAGCCGGGGAGCGGUGUACCAUCCCAUCGCUGAAAGGUUCUGGAUUUUUCACGGUGUCUUCAACAGAGAUCAUUGGAUUACCUGAUUUCGAUUUUUCAAGUUCACUUGGCAGAGGAAUAUCGGGCGUCGAUGUUUCCCGCGUCCUCUGAGGCUGUCCAGGAAUUUGAACCAGUGUUUGUGAGUUCUUUUUCGAGAUUGUCAUUCGGGACGAAUCACUAAGCGCCUCUUUCUCACUGUUUGCCUUGGGAGUUGCAACCCUCCGUAAUGGCAUCUUCUGCCUAAUUGGGCUGCUUUCUGGUGGCAAGUCUGGGGGACCUCUCACAGGGGAAGUACUCCAAUUCGAACAAAGCUCUUCAACUGACUCGUCUUCAGAAGAUGGACUCGUCUGUCGACUCGAAAUUGGAGUUGUGGGAUCUUCUUCAAUCGGGGGUUUCCCGGUGUCUCCAAGCUGUCGUUCAUGUCUAAGCCGAGCAAUAUGAUUCCAUUUCUGGAGAAGCCAAGCCGGCACAUGCCCACAAGGUUGAGGUUUGCCUGGAGCUGGUGGGAUCCAGCAAAGGUCUCUGUCCAGAAGUUCGAGCUGGUCUUUAGGGAUAUUGAUAUCACACACACGGAUCUGGGCGAGUCCUUGCCACGGGUUCCUUAAACCUCGCGGGGGAUCGAUUGCAGUUUUAAGAUUUCGCUCAGCACUUUGGUUCCUAUCAAGGGGCGACAGUUCAGACUUCGGCUGAUCAGGUGAAACCAUUGGCGACUUCUCCUGGACAGUCUCAUUGAUGCGCUGCCUUUUCCUCGAUAAAGCAGUGGGGUUGACUCCUUGAGUUGAUGGAAGAGAGUCACCAUCACCACACGCGAGGUUUGAUUGGAGUUCCACAUUAUCACGGUGCCGUUUUCGCGAAGGCGAGUGACUGACAACGUUAGAAGAGAGCCGAGUGUCAGCACGCUCGUCCGGGUUCAGCAAGGGAGAUGUUGUUCGUUGUCGAACAUUUUGUGAAUGAGAACUUUUUCUAGAUAGAGAAGUGGGCACCUCUAAGCUUUCGUAGGUGUUCACUGUGUUAUUUUGUGGCUGAGACGAGACCGAGUCCUCUCGAUCAGAGCGAUCAUCGACUGGAGACGCUGACCGCCGGAUGCCAUUCGCAGUGGGUUCUCCGUCAUCAGGGACAUAAAGAGGACCCCUAGUCAUCGAAGAACGUAUCGUCUGCCCCGGAAGCUGCAAUGACGGUCCUACUGAGUUCCUUGAGCUUGACCGAGAUGAUGGAUUAAGAUGCUGAAGAAGCUCAUUGGUUCCAUGAAGUAGUCGGCGGUUCGUAUUCGAACUAUGUUGCAUCACAUCAUGAUCGCGGGAGAGUAUUUGUGAGAACAUCUGCUGUGAUUGCGUGUCAUGAUGAGGAUGACCUUGGGACUGGGGAAGUUGCUGAUCAAGAGGUUUCGGUGAUUUUGAGGGUAGGGUGCUUGCCUCCAUUGGCUUGGAAGAGAGUCUCUUGCUUUUUGCUUUCUGAAGAGCUCUGUCUAGUAGUACUUUGACAGCCGGAUUCCUUCUCAGUGUCUUUUUGUUCGUCAACCCUUUGAUCAUUCCUUCCUCCCAGUUGAUGCGAAAACGGUAGACGUUCAACCAAAUAUCGGGAGGAGACGUCGAGUAUGUGAAGACCAGCGCGAAGUCCAGUAGCUGUAACCGAUGCUUCUUUGGAUUCGUUCCUCUCGAGGGUGUAUUCGGUGUCAAAAGGCUCGCAUUCGUUAAGUCGUGAGGGAACCUCGCGAGUAUCUGGUUUUCGGCAUCGAUCAACCGUGCGCCAUCAUGCGAGGAUCCUAGACCCCACUGAUUCAGAUCGACCGAACUGUCAGCCUUGCUACAUCUCGCCGUUCAAGAAAUGGAAAGCAUACUUCAAAAACAGCAGCCACGGACGUGAGAUCACGCCUCCUGAAGCACACUGUCGUUCCGUUGUCCUCCACUUCCAUGCCAUCGGGCGCAGACUGGCUUUGGUCGCAAUAGGAGCCUAGGCAUUGCUCCACGAGCGUGGCAAUCCAUGGAGCAGGAAGACUCAUUGUUAACCUGUUUUCAGUGUAUUACAAGACGUAGGGUCAACAAGAAUCAUGUCUGGCAGGGAGACCCUGUCCAGGGCGUUGUCGUCCGGAAUUUUUGCAUACUCAAGAGAUGGUCAGGAGCGAACGGCCUUCGAUAACCGAUAAGACGCGUUUCCAGUGUGGGGACGCGAUCUGAUGACUCAGCAUCCCACCACGUCAUUGGGCGUCCAUGCUCAGAGCAGUUCGCAGUGAGCUGCGGUCUAGCUUUCUGCUCAGUACCUCUUCUUGACAACCUCCUGGACAUCCUGCCAGGCUGGACGUCUUGCUCAUUAUCCGCCAUCUUUCCAUGUUCUAGCCCCGCAUGCUCCGCGACCAGCAGACCCCCGAUUCGCAUUCGGGCAUCAUCCAUGAGCUUUCGGCCUGACCGCAUCAACUACAGAGUCAAACUCACCGAUGGAGCAAAAGUCGCAAGAGACUCCAAGCCCCUCCACGUCGUCCGGAUUCCUUCCACUUGGACGGCGAGGGUCAAGGGGCUCCCUAUCCACAACACAAACCGAUCGAGAGAACAUGAACACGGCUCUCGACCAGAUUCACAAUGCAGCUUACCAGUCCGAUUCACUGACGCUUUUUAACGAGUUCACUAGCCCGCCUGCACCGGCGUCGGCGUCGGACGAUAAAGGUCUAUCGGAGGAGCUGCAGGGGGGUCUCAGUGGCCUGUACAGUCGUUUCAGGACAUCGGUUGGAGGAAUGAGGGAUAUCGUCAGUGGUGGAUCGAAAAUCGCAGACAAGAGCGGUGCGGAUAGUUUUGCGGUCAAGAGUCCUGCCUCCGAGCGAUCCAUGACCAAGUCUUUCUCAGACCUUACCAUCAGCUCGGCCGACCACAUACCGUCAUUUCCAAGCUCCUCGCAAGGCUCGAGGCUGCAUUCUCCAGUCGUACCAAAUUUUCAUCCUAGUCAGGAACCCACACAGCAGACAGCUGGCAGCAAGAGCUCCAAACUCUCUUCGAAAAGCCCUAGCGUCACUUCCAAAGCCCCCGUCUCUCCUGCUCCAGCAGGAAAAGCCAACCUCGCCCCACUCACAAAGUCGUCUGGGAACUCUGUUGCGGCAGACCCAGCAAUCACCCAACUGAACGUGGGCGCCACAGGGCAACCCCGCCAUUCGCGAAGCGAUUCAGUCAACGUACCUCCUCAGGGAUUUCAAAGUACAGAGUCCUCCAGUAUUGGCAGUAGGGAUACCCCUACGGAUAUGGGCACUAGUCAAAUUUCUUCUGUGCUAAACGCGGGUUACUCUCAAUCACCAGUUCUGUCCCCAAAAACACAUGGAAGCCUGCAAGAAGAGUCUAGCUCAUUGGAGGCUAGUGGGUCUAUCGUUUCGACUAAUCAUCUACUGGAUAAUCACUCGCGGAAGUCUUCAAAUGCGGACCAAUCAAGGGCCUCAGACGACAUGUCCCAUCCUAUUGCAACACGAAGCGCAAAGCUUUCUGAGCUUACCCGGGACUCAAAAACACAGGCCCCGGAGAGUGGGCCAAGGUCGAGGCUGUCUGUUGGUGGACGCGAUGAGUCCACGGCACCGACCUUGCUUUCCAAGAAUCUUUCGAAGACGACAACUCAAGCUGGAGGCUCCUAUGCUGUUGACUUGGCGUCUGAUAGCACAGUACCGGCUCCUCUGGAUGAAGUUACCGUUGGCGGAUCAGCGAAGACUUCGAUCCCUAUAUCUCCAACAGCUCUCCCUGGGAAAACGCAUCCACCGGCUGCCAAGAACCGAUUGCCAGGCUAUGUAAUGUCGCGAGCAUCUACAGCUGAAACAGCCACCACCGUGUCUUCUUUGCCGCCAUUAAAUACGGCUGUUCCACGAAUUACCACCCAAGACUCCACUAGCAACCGCAUACAGCCUUCAGGCGAUGGUGUUCUAUCUCAGCUAAGAAGUAGAUUGCUGAGUAGAGAUUUCUGGAUGCGCGACGAAACUGCCAAGGACUGUUUUCACUGUGGAGAGCCAUUCACUACAUUUCGCAGGAAACACCACUGUCGCACUUGUGGUCAGAUCUUUGAUUCCAAGUGUACCCUUUUGGUCCCUGGCACGAGGUUUGGUCAACCUGGAACCAUCCGUGUUUGCAAGCCUUGUGAAGCAAUGAUCAACGCACACGAUGACGAUUCAUCUGAAUAUUCUGAUAGUGAACAGAGCCCGAUCAUCGUGAAUCCACGAGUCUCCGAGUUCGGCUGGGGCAGCAGUAGUGCUCGGCCUGUUGGCGAGGACGACGAUGCAUGCUCCAUUGUGUCUCAAUCUAUCGAUCACGUCCUUAGGACUCCGACCAUGGCUAUUCCGGCCACUCGACGUGCAGGCGAAGGUCACAAUAGCCGAUCGGCAGUUCUGGAAAUAAACUCCGAUCGUCCACUGACGAGACCUACCUCGUCACGGUCAUUACGCGCCUCAUUGGGAGUUCGACCGCAUUCCAUCAGUCACAAGAGACAUCAUUCGCGUCAGCAGUAUAUCCGGAGCUUUAAGCCCUCUCACGACGACCGCGCCCCUUUCCAGCGGCGGCACCCAGAGGAUUCGACUGCCGAGUCGCGGCUCCCCGCCUUCCACAAAGACAACAUCAUCGACCCUGACCUAGCCCAAUAUUUGUCAGAUGAUGCUUCCAGCGGCGAUGAGCAGCCUAGCCUUCUCUCUGCAGUGUCCGAAGGCAACCUCUCCAAGAGUGGUGGGGACACGGAAAGAGCAGCGGGGCUCGGCGGAUUUAUUGCUGCAAUGAAAAAGGGCCGGUCUGCAUUCGGUGAUCGAAACACCUUCAGCGUGGUACAAUCGGGUCGAGAUGCAGAUGAGGCUAGCAUCAGCAGUUCGAGGGCUGUCAACUUGCCGCGCUCUUCACGUCGUCGGAAUUUGAGUGUUGCGAGCAGCAUCCACGUGCGCAACUCACCACGGACGUCGAAAGAGAGUAUGUUUCCUCAUGAACCCACUUUCCCAGGGGUGCCUUUUAUUUCUAGCAUCAAACAAUCGGGCUUCAAGAUGACCAGAAGCUCGUCAAUGAGAGGAACUGGGGCACCGCCAAUUGAGCUCAACAAGGCCAGUCGUGAACAUGUGCAAAAGCUUUUACGUCAACUACUGGUAGAAGCAUUUCUACCCAACAGUGAGAGCUGGGAGAGGUCCCUCAUGCCAAUCAUCCUGAAAGCAGCCGAUGAAGUGGACCCAGAUGUACAGCGCGGAGAUGACAUGGAUAUCCGGCAUUACAUCAAACUGAAAAAGAUCCCCGGUGGCAGACCAGGUGAUACCUCUUACGUCUCAGGUCUUGUUUUCACCAAAAAUCUGGCUCUCAAGAGCAUGCCAAGAAGUAUCCCGCGUCCGAACAUCUUGAUCAUCACCUUUCCUCUUGAGUAUGCCCGUCAACAGCAACAAUUCAUGAGUCUUGAACCCGUCAUCCGGCAAGAGCGCGAGUUUCUCGAGAACCUUGUUAGUCGGAUCGCAGCCUUGCAUCCGAAUCUGCUGCUUGUUGAAACAAAUGUAUCAGGUCUGGCUCUUGCUCUCCUUGAACAAGCGGGAAUUGCCACUGCAUAUAAUGUGAAGCCGUCUGUUCUUGAAGCCAUAUCGAGGUGUACUCAGACCAGAAUCGUGACUUCUAUGGACAAGCUCCUGACAACCACACUGCACAGCGACUGCAGUAGCUUCGACGUCAAAACCUAUGUGAACGGCGGUCGGAAAAAGACCUACAUGUAUAUUUCUGGCUGUCCCAAGGAGCUUGGGUGUACUAUCGUCCUACGAGGUGGCGACGAAGAAAUUCUCGGCAAAGUGAAGCAAAUCACUGAAUUUAUGGUCUAUGUUGUGUACAGCCUCCGUCUUGAAACGUAUCUGAUGCGAGACGAGUUUGCCAAAUUGCCAAUAACCUCUGAAAUUGAUGCAAACCAACUCGUCUGUACCGAGGAAAAGAAGGAGAAAUCCCAGCCGGCAGCUCAUACAAACAUUGCUGGUGCCACAGAGUCCGCGCCUGUGAAGGAAACCCCCACCGAGGAUUCCGAACACACAGUUUCAACGUCUACAGGGAUUAUCGAAGUGCCCGAUGAUGUUCCCAUGCCAACAUAUCAUGAUGACAUGGUUCAUGAUCACCAAACAAAGAUCAUAUCCGCCUCGCCUUCUGUCAAAUUCGAACCUCCUUACCUGCUCAUGCGAACCAGAGAGAUGGAACGUCGUUUGGCGUAUCUCAAACGUCUUCGUGAUCAAGUUGAGUCUACAGAAGAGAGCUCGGAGGAAAAGGCAAAGGCUCAGAAGUUCAUUCUCAUCACACCUGAGAUGGUCCAUGCUUCUCCACAUGAUGCUCCUCCAAAAGUCAGAGAGGUCCUGCGUGCAGCGCAUGACGCAGAAUAUGAUCGCGCCCUUUACCACUAUCAAACCCAAAAACGACAGUGGGAGGCCUAUGUCUCUGGGAAUUCCAACCUGUUUGAUCCUUAUGCUCACCAAAAUAUCGUUGUGCUUUACAGUCUGGUGUGCACCACAACAUCAAUACCCUGCUCUGGCCCUGAUAUCUUCGCUCUGGAGUUCUACAACGAACACGGGGACGAUACAAUCUUCGAGCCUGACUGUACAAUUGGACAAUAUGUUGAGGAUCUCUGCCACACAGCGAAUGCCGUUUGCAAUAUCAAUGGUUGCGAAAAGCGUAUGUCUGAGCAUCAUCGACAAUACGUUCACGGCGACGCUCAAAUCAGUGUAUUCGUCCAGCCAUAUCCUUCAAAGCUUCGAGGGAUGCAGGAUACGGUGCUGAUGUGGAGCACCUGUAAAAUCUGCAACAACGACACUCAGGUCACCUCGAUGUCCGAAAACACAUGGAAAUACUCCUUUGGAAAAUACUUGGAAGUCUCUUUUUGGGGCCGAAACAUGCAUGCCCGUGCCGGAGUAUGCCCGCAUGACCUCCAGAGAGAUUAUCUCCGCUACUUUGGCUUCAAGGACGUUGCCAUUCGCAUUCAAUAUGAUACAAUUCAUCUUCUUGAGAUUGUUGUUCCACGCCCUCGUGUCACCUGGAAAGUGGAUAACGACUUGAAGCUCAGAAACCAAGUCUACUCUGACACUGGGGAUCGGCUCAACAAAUUCAUGAGAUCCGUUCAUGUCCGAUUGAAGGGCAUCAAUGUGGAAAGCGUUCUACCAGAACUCCUGAACGAAUGUAAGAAAGAAAUUGAGACUUUGAUUAAGAAAGCUCAAGAAGACCACGCCGCUUUGAAUAAGCGCCUGCAGGAUAAGUAUACCGGCUCGCGUUACUGGGAGGUCAUUCCAUUGAACGAGGUCCUCCGAGCAGUCCAGGAGAAGGUAGUGGAAUGGGACACUAUCUUUGCGGACUUUGAGAGGAAUUUCUUCCCGUCGGAGAAGGAUAUCAAACGACUGGCAACCUUACAACUCAAAAAGAUUUUCUUGGACAAGGAUGCAACGUCGAUGACUACCGAGGAUGGGGUUCAUACACCGACUGGCAUGGAUGAGGAGACUACUCCCACUGAUGAGAAACCAAGGCUCAUGCGACGGAUGACACUUUCUCCCGAAAAGGCCCAGAAUGUGCUAGUCUCAGUCGUUGAGGAGCACACUGGCAGAAUGCCGCGAGAUGCUCCGCCUGAUUCUACUGAGCUGACUCCAUCGCCUACCCCAACCGACGAAGCGGUGCUUUCAGCCAAUGUUGUCAAUGGUCAGAGGUCUUCUACGCAAGACGAAACCGUACUGCAAGAAGAGGUUCGGCAUCUUGACUUGGCUGUUCCUGCAAGUCAGUCUGAACGCUCGCCGCCCAGCUCCUGCUCGCCUCUCGAUCAACCCAUGUCCGUUCUGGACGAUCCAGUGGCGCUUACAGAACCUGUGCUUUUACGUGAUGAUAGGGAUGUCUCCACUCCAUCACCUCCUGACGACGGUGAAUCUUUCUCUGGAGCAAAAAGCAAGGCCAACGAAGAUAAUCCAGCUACUGAUGUUUCAAACACACCUCCAAAUCGACCCUCUGCAAUUCCAAGGCUUGCCGAAGGUGCUUUCUCCCGGCGCUCUGGGAAGGCUCGUUCUCCUCCUUUGAUGCGUGCUCAAUCCCAACCUGCCCACCUCAUUAGGGAGAAGUCUUUUGGAUUGAAACUAAGCCACACAAAUUCCAACGACUCCGGAUCUUCUCGGGGAGAUUCGACAAAGACAUCGGAGAAGAAGUUCACUGAACGCCUUGGGCUGACUGCCCUAAAGAAUGGCCGGUUUACUCCGGGACAUUCGCUGAUACCCCGUUCAACUCCCAAACGUGGCAGCUCUCGUGUGUCAAACCUCGCCAGACACUUUGAACAAUUGAGUCGCGAGUUUGAAAAGGAACGACAACGGGAAAGACGACAGCGAGCUGCACGAGGCGCUUAUUCUCGCGCAUUCCCCCUUGCAUCUUCGAAGCCGAUCGUUGAGGUUUAUCGUAAUGUGAAAGAAGCUGUCGAAGAACGAGAACCGCACGCUGAUGGGGAUUAUUCUCAGCCCGCAGCUCCACCGCAUACUUCAGAGGAAGCGGGACGAAAGAGUGACGACUCUAUCAACCAGGGAGAUUCCGAGGAACUGGCUGCAAAGUCUCCAGCGCAGGUGAACCCCUCGGGAUCAUUCGAGCCUGGAGGCAUUGUCCGCUCUGAUUCUCAGCUCAUGUCUGAGGGUGAGGCAGAUGAUGGACGGAGUGACGAAGAACGCAGUACUGCCGACGAUCUCCAUCAUGUGGACUCUCAGGACGAUUCUAAAACGCUACCGGAUGAUGACUCGAUCGAUUUCAAAGAUCUUCCAAAGCACGAACGAACGACUCUAUUGAAGAUGCUGACCAACUUCUGGUCUGAACGAUCUGCCAGCGGAUGGACUGCUCUUGAUUAUCCUCUUAGCGCAGGAGACCACGUCUUCUCUGACUGCGAUAUUAUCGUGCGCGAGGACGAGCCAAGUUCUCUUAUCGCGUUUGCGUUAGACUCGUCCGACUACAAGGACAAAUUGGCAAGCAUUCAGGAACGGUACAAUGAGAUGGAGGAUCAACCCGCAGAGUUUGACCACGAUACAGAAGCCGCAAAUGAAGCUCGACUAGAGCACGCUCUCCUGCGGCAAACCGGGACUCAUCUCAAGUAUCAAUUCCAGGAAGGCCAGGCAAAAAUGCUCUGCAAAGUAUUCUAUGCCGAACAAUUCGAGGCACUUCGCAAAAAAUGUGGUGUUGCCGAUCGUAUUGUGGAGUCACUGUCCCGUUGCUUGAAGUGGGACUCCAAAGGCGGCAAAACAAAGUCAAUCUUCCUCAAGACUCUAGAUGACCGAUUUGUGCUCAAGUCACUAGCACCCGUCGAGACCCAGGCCUUCCUCAAGUUCGCACCGGCGUACUUCCAGAUCAUGUCAGAAGCUCUCUUCCAUGACCUGCCCUCGGCUAUCGCCAAAAUGUUUGGUUUCUACCAAAUCAUUAUCAAGAACCCAGUGACUGGAAUUGAGCAGAACUGGUUCCUGCUUCUGAUGGAGAAUCUAUUCUACGAUCGUGCGCCCAAUCGCAUAUUCGAUUUGAAGGGCUCGAUGCGCAACCGCAAGGUAGAGAGCACCGGCGAGCAGGACGAAGUCCUACUAGAUGAGAACAUGGUAGACUUCAUCUAUGAAACCCCCUUGUUUGCCCGAGAGCAUUCAAAGAAGCUUUUGAGCCAGAGCGUAUGGAACGAUACCUUAUUCCUUGGCCGUCAGAACGUCAUGGACUACUCGUUGAUGAUAGCGAUCGACGAAAUGCGCAGCGAGUUGGUUGUCGGAAUCAUCGAUUGCAUCCGCACAUACACAUGGGACAAGAAACUCGAGUCUUGGAUCAAGGAUCGUGGCUUUGCUGGCGGCGGUCGCAAUCGUCCAACAGUAACGAGUCCGAGGGAGUACAAGAGUCGCUUCCGUGAAGCGAUGGCAAGAUAUGUCCUGCAGGCCCCAAGUUGCUGGCACCAAUUUCAACCAAGUGCCAUGCACCGGUAUCCACCCGGUGAACACCAGAUUGCCAAUGCAACAGAGCAGGACAUCAUCGAUGGACCCGAAAAAGGUGCUUUUCAUUGACGAACACGAUACACAACCAAACCUCAAAUUCCCGUAAUGAUUGACGACUUAACGACCAUACUUGAUGCCCACGAAUUUUUCCUUCGAUGGUCCCAGAAGCAUUGCACAUACACAAUGAAUUUCCGUUUACUAGCGCGUGUGGUAGCAGGCAUAAAUGAACGGAGUUUCGGAGACAUGAACAGUUUCAUUCGUCAAGUAGUGUUUAUUUUGUUUAAUCCCAUGAAUGGUGAUAAUAGCCGUACUGUUAAAUGAUUAGAUUCAUGCUGUGCUGCACCUUGGAAAUACAUAUUGAAACUACAUCCGAUCGAAGCACGUGCAAAACUACUCGGCG